UUCAGAUUGGAAUAAAUGAAAUACAAAAUUCCCUUGAAAAAGUGCGUUCGUAGCAAUGCAAACGGUUGUAAUGCAAAGUUCUGACUGAAAAAUGGAAAAACUGAUACCUGAUGAUGAGAAAAAAGUGGAAUCAAACGGUGUCCAAAAGGAAAAAAAUCAAAAACGGGAGGUUUUGGGUCUGGUGGAAACAAGAAGCAGAAAAGGGCUCUUGAAUUUUAGAGCUCUAACAUUCCUUUUUCUAUGGUAUUUUUUUAGUGGCUGCACCUUAUUCUUAAACAAAUACAUUUUAAAUAAUUUAGAUGGAAAUCCAACAGUCCUAGGGGCUUCUCAAAUGCUAAUGACUGCCACCUGUGGUUUUAUCCAACUAUAUUUCCCAUGCGGCAUGUACAAACCGGCACAGAGGCUCAAUAAACCACCUGGCUUUUAUAGGCACAUGGUUUUAGUUGGUAGCUUUAGGUUUACUACAGUCGUACUGGGUCUGGUAGCUUUGAAUUAUGUUGCUGUGAGUUUUACUGAAACAAUAAAAAGUUCUGCACCAUUAUUUACAGUCGUGAUUUCUAGACUUUUAUUAGGCGAGCAAACUAGUUUUUAUGUGAAUCUUAGUUUAUUGCCAGUCAUGUCUGGACUGGCUCUAUGCUCUGUGAACGAAUUAAGUUUUGAUAUGGUUGGAUUUCUGGCAGCUAUGGCUACUAACUUUACUGAGUGUGUACAAAAUGUGUAUUCAAAAAUGUUAAUAUCUGGAGAUAAAUUUAAAUACAGUCCUGCAGAACUCCAGUUUUACACAAGCGUUGCCAGUAUAGUAGUUCAAAUACCCACAACUCUUCUACUGGUCGAAUUGAAAGUAGCCAAUUUUAGCAUAGAUUUACUGGGUUAUUUUAUUUUAAAUGGAAUUUUGUUCCAUUUUCAAAGCAUCACUGCCUACGUGUUAAUGGACUAUAUUAGUCCUGUUACGCAUAGUGUGGCAAACACUGCCAAACGUGCAUGCCUUAUCUGGAUGUCAAUUUUCAUGUUUGGCAACCCAGUGACUCAGUUGAGUGGAUUGGGAACCAUCACAGUGAUAAUCGGCGUGUUGUUGUAUAUAACUGCUCAACAAUACGACAACAGUAGAAUAGUAAAAACACCCCGAAAGACAAAAAAGAAGCUGAUACAUUACACGCUAUGUGCUCUUCUCAUAAUUACGAUGUGUCGCGCCCACCUAUCGCACACGGAGGAGCAGGUUUAUUAGAUAACACCAAUUCAUAACUAAGCAGGCAUCUUUUACCAAUCUCUAGGCACUGUAAAAUUAUACGAUGAUUAUUUUACUCUCCUUUCAUUUUCAAAUAUCUCCUUUUUUAUUCAUAAAUUCCGAG